ACACCUGUCACACACGGAAUCCACUCUCCUAAAACCCCUUGCCUCUCGUCCUUUGAGUCUUGAAACCACUUGAUACGAAAACUCUAUGUAGAAAAUAUAGUAAUCACAAGUGCUACCCCCGAGGUCCCAUCCCGACACCUGUCACACGCGGAAUCCACUCUCCUAUAAUCCCUUGCCACUCGUCCUUUGAGGCUCUUCCGUGUUCCUCUCAAUCCGGAAGGAAGAUCACAUUAACCACCGCUCCGUGUUAGCCUGUCCUCUGGUCCGUAUUGCCCCCACGAAGGUCACGGGUGAUAUCCCUCGUAUAUAAACGGCUUCCCCUGGGACUGCAUCGUCAUUACCUGCUCUGGUGGCUUAGGGAAACGUGGCAGACACAGAACCUGUAAGCCAGUCAAGAAAAACCUCAUCAACUCGCCCACGCAAGGGAACCCAAGACUUGAGAUCGCGACGCAGGAAUCAAAACGCUCGCACUUUGGUUCUCUUUCCGCGGUCAUUUUUCGGUGUUUGGUGCUCUUAGACUCGGUGACAGCUCUGGACACUUCACCACCGCGGCAAAUCACACUUACUUGAAGCUCUGAAACACCCCAAGCGGCUUUAAAACACUGAAAUCAGGGAAAGAUAGCGAAACAUAUUGCACCCUCUGACAUUACUACGCGGGCGGACUCUAGCAACAAAACGGUCGACAAUUGGAAGGAAAAGAAGGAUCGCGUGACAUUUAAGUAUCCCGACGCGUUUUAUUCGCUAUCAUCCGCGCUUGAGGAAGGAAGAGAAAAGCUUAGUGAGAUAACGGCGCUACUGAACAAAGCCUUCUUGACCCUCUGCUCCGCUCUUGGGCGAGUAAUGGCACCCACGCCUACGAUGGAGCCUCUCAGCGGGGAAGAAGAGUGGCGGAGGAUGGAACGCGAGCACCCUGUGAUGAGGAUGACCAGGAACGACAAAGAGGUGGGCAUGGACUACGUCAACAUCCCUCACGUGGUGGCCAUGGUGGGCCUACCAGCGAGGGGCAAGACCUACAUCGCCAUGAAGCUCGCCCGCUACCUCAACUGGGUGGGCCUGCCGACCAAAGUGUUCAAUGUUGGUGACUACCGCCGCCAAGCCAUUGGGGACUACCAGGGCCAUGACUUCUUCCACCCCAGGAACAGGGAAGGCACCAACGUCAGGAACAAGUGUGCCCUCGAUGCCCUGCAGGAUGUGUGUGAGUUCCUGCAGUCCGGGGGCAUGGUGGCCGUGUACGAUGCCACCAACACCAACAUCGAGCGCCGGCAGCUGAUCCACCACGUCAUCUGUGAGCGCAUGGGGUACAAGCUCUUCUUCAUCGAGUCCAUCUGCAACGACCCGGCCAUCAUUGAGACAAACAUCAUGGAGUGUAAGGUGACCAACCCCGACUACACCAACAUGGAGAAGGAGGAUGCGGUGAAGGACUUUUUGAAGCGCAUUGAGCACUAUCGUCUCAUCUAUGAGCCGCUGGACGAGGAGAAGGAGAGCAAGUACAGCUUCAUGAAGAUCUAUGACGCUGGUCGGCGAGUGGUCGUGCACAAACAGGAGGGUCACAUCGAGAGCCGCAUCGCCUAUUACCUCAUGAAUAUCCACAUCACGCCACGCUCCAUCUACCUGACUAGGCACGGCGAGUCAGUGUACAACCAGCUUGGAAGGAUCGGUGGGGACUCGGACCUCUCCCACCGCGGCCGCCAGUACGCCAACGCCCUCGCCAAGUUCAUCUCGCAGCAGAACAUCACCAACCUGCGGGUGUGGACGUCCUGCAUGAAGAGGACCAUCCAGACGGCCUCGGGGAUCAGUGCGCCGCAGGAGAGGUGGAAGGCGCUCAACGAGAUUGAUGCCGGCAUCUGUGAGGGACUGAUGUACGAGGAGAUCCAGGAGCAGUACCCGGAGGAGUUUGCCGCCAGGGACCAGAACAAAUACUCCUACAGGUACCCGCGUGGUGAGUCGUACGAGGACGUGGUGGUGCGGCUGGAGAGCGUCAUCAUGGAGCUGGAGCGCCAGGAGAACGUGCUGGUGGUGGGCCAUCAGGCGGUGCUGCGCUGCGUCCUCGCCUACUUCCUCGACAAGACAGGAGUGGAGUUGCCGUACAUGAAAGUGCCGCUCCACACCAUCAUCAAGCUGACCCCGCAGGCGUACGGAUGCAAGGUGGAGUUCUUCAAGAUCCCCAUCGACUGCGUUGACACCCACCGAUCCAAGCCCGUGGUGACGCGCAGCGAUGAGGGGAAGGAGGAGGACAUGCAGGGAGCCCCUAGAGGUGCAAGUGACAUCAUAGAUGGAGUACAAGUCAAUGUGUUGCAGGGACUAGUGGAAGGACUGUCUGUUUGUGACAAUAGAACUGUUGAAAACGAAGAGAACGUGCAGGGGGCCGUGGGAGGCAUUCAGUUGCCCGAGUCUGCCCGGGCGCUGUGGGCAUUCAUGAGGCCGAAGCACUAACAGACACGUGUAUAGAACUUUAUAUCUGUUGUUCGGCUUAUUCAUGUUGUCUGCCCACAAGUGAAAGAAAUUAUAUCUUUGUGUAAUACAUAAGUACUAGUUUUAUCAUACUUUUGAGACAGUACAGAAGACUGCCUUUACUGGGCCACCACUCAGCACAGACCAUUCCAACAAGUGGUCCCAGCAGGUAAAUACUACUUUGGAAAUAGACACACAAAUGAAGUAUUCUUACCAAUCUUUGGUUGGAGAAGAGUUCAGUAGUUGGUUCAGUUUUCCAAAGUUUUUUUUUCCUGGAGUACCAAUUAGCAUGGGGCAAAUGUGUUAAAAUUCAGUCAAAUUCAAAUUCAUUUAAAAUUUAGCUUCACCAAUGGCAUUUCAUAUGCCAAAACAGCUCCUGGGUAGCUUGCAGUUCACAUUUAAGUUAUCUUGAAAGUGCAUAUGAAUGAUCUUAAGGAAAUUAAAUUUGUUAUUACCAGUUCAAGCCAAGAUGUUUAUGGCAGACUGAGUAACAGGCAAAAUUAACAUGUUUGAAGGGAGCGUCCCCACCGUGCCUCGUCAGGGUGGUGGUGGUCAAAGGCACGUCUUCUGUACAGUUUUAGUGAUGCUGUUAAACUUCUUUCAAUUGUAUCUUAGUUAUCCACAUGUAACUAACUUAUUUUUGUGAGAUGUUGAAUUUUAAAUUUCAUAAAUAAACUUGUUUCUACAGUAAUUUAGAAUGUUGGACAACACACUGCCUUCUCUGAUUACAAAGACUGAAUUUGAGUUUUCUUUUAGUUUAUAGCAGAAAAAUGCUGAUCAUGAGGUUGGCUGUGUGUUGUCUAAGGUUUAUGUUAUAAGAACUUAGUCCUCAAGCAGAUGUUCAUAAACUGCUUAUGUUCAAUGUAGUUCAGGAGUGAUAGGAAGCUGGGUCCCUGGUAACUUUCAAUCAACUGUUUACAUGUUGCAGUACAAUCUACAGUAGAACUUAAUGUUAGGUCAAGUACAGGGAACAGAAUCACUGAGUGUUGUCUGCACAGCCAACAUGAAGUAAACUCCACAGCAUGACACGACCCGGCACCAUAAUAUCCACUUUGCUUGCUGUUCAUGUCCACCGUUGCCUGGCGCACCCUUGCCUCCUCGGGUGUGUUCACUUACUGGUACACACAGUUCCAUUUAGUACUCAACUUGUAUCAUGAAAUAAGUACUCUGGCAAAAGUGGUGGAGGUAUACAAAUGAAAUACUGUAAAAAGAAGGCAUGUCUUUAUUUUUGCUUUCUCAGUUGUACACCCCGGCUUAAUUUUCCCAAGUAUUGUUUAUCCUUAAGUGAGUGCUAAUUUGGGGGUUGCCUACCGAUGAGUAAACACACCCUACAGUUAAAAGACACUUACAGUUUUGGUUGUGAAUGUAACUUUAAAAGUGGAAAUUGGUGGUGACUUGUGGUGAGUAGAAGAGCCAUAGAAUAGUGAUGAAUGUGAUGAUGUGUGGCCAACUUCAUCACAGGCAUUAUGAUGUUAUACCGAAAAGACAACGUGAAAUCCAAAUCGAUGAUGAUACUCUAGUGCUUUUUGUGCUUUAGGUAUUCUUCAAGAUACUGACGAUACCUAUACAGCACCAAAAACACUAUUGUAUCACUAUCAAUUUCAAUUUCGAGUAGGUCUUUUGGUAACAUGACGUCUGUGAUGAGGUCAACCAAGCUCUCCUAUUCUGUGGCUCUGGGGAGUAAGUAUUUGGUAGACUAAGUAGACAUAGGUAUCUCAGAUCACCCGGGGGUCACCAUGCUGUUUAGGUUGUGAUAAGAGAUUGAAUGGCCUUGUUAGAAGAGAGUUUACCCUUAGAAGAGAGUUUACCCACCAGUUCACACACACUAGUUCAUUUAGUACUCGCAAGAGGUAUAAAAACUUACGAAAAUUGAGGAUGACAAAAUAUGGAAAGUAAAUCGAUCUUCAUUUUGACAACCGUUCGUUUUUAUAACUGGUUUUCUUGGGUAAUGUUUUCUUAUGAGUACUGAUAUGAAUGGUGUUGAUGAACUGACAUCCUUAGUCCAUUCCCUACCAAAUGGCAAUACCCUGUGACCCCCAUCCUCCUUGAUAAGAAUAUAAGAUAGUGGUGCAUAUCAUUAGGGUGGGUAACAGCAGGUUCUGUUAUAUAGUCCAUUGACCUUGGAAAUAAGCCUUGCCAAUACCACCUCAGCAUCCACCAACAAGACGUAACCUUUUCCAAGAGCUACCAAUGACACACAGUCUUAUAAGAAGGGCUGUGGCUUACUAGUAGAUUGGUUGGUCAGUGAUAUUUAUGUUUUAGAGAGGGGGCGGGGCUUGUUUUCAAAGUUAACAUGAAUAGAGAAUAUAGGUUCAGAUUCUUCCUCCGAGGGGUGUCCUGCAGCCCAUAACUUGCCCUCCCUUGAUUGAACUAUUGUGGCCCUUCUCUGUGUAUGUGCACCUUGAUUGUGAUCACCUGCUAUGCCAGAACAAUGCUGCACACUGUGAUGGAAGGGAUGAUGAAAUGUAUUUGUAUUCUCAUAGUGUACUGCACAUAAUUAUUAUGCUAUAGUACUGUAAGGUUGGGAAAUGGUUAUGGUGUGUGACAUUGUUAUAAUCCUUGCACUUAAGGCUUGUAGGACACCAAUAAUUGUUGGUAGGUUAGUAAGUGUACCUGGGAAGCUCACAGCUGCCUGCACAUCACAACCUGAGAAAUCUAAGUUGUCUUCCAAAGGGAAAAUGAUUGAAUUAACAGCAUAUCACACACACAGUGUUCCUUGAUUCAUGGCAGAGCAGCAUGGCAGGUGGUGGGUAUUGGUAUUUGUGUCCUAAUGACAUGUGCCAAACACAACAAGCCUAGACAGGUGCCAAAAGGUGUCUUCCAGCCCAGGCUGUGCUGAAGGUUGUACUGGCAGGUUGCUGGGCUGACCUCCACAAGCUGUGUGUGGCAGGGCAGCUGUGCCCGCUGUGGCAGACACUGUCACUCAGCUUUGCACAAUAAUGGCACAUCCUCCUCACCUUGGCAGCCCCUUCACAGUCUGAACUGUAGUGGUUGGUGCACCAGGUGAUGUUGUGAGGCAUCUUUAUAAACACUUCACUGAAGACACUUAGGAAUCAUUCAACUUUAAACUAAUUACUAAUAGAACCAAUGUAUGAGGAAGAUUUUCUUCACACAUGAGGUUCUUCUGUAGAAGCUUCAUAGAUUUUAUGCACUGACUGCUGAAUUCUGAGAUGUAUUUGAACAGUUUGACCAAAUUUAGCAUGAAUUGUCUUCUGGAUUGGAUUUUACUUGUUCUGAAUACCUUUCAAGUACAACCACAGACUUGACAACAGACUUAGAUGUGCUCUUCACUUUAGUUCUGCUUUAUUAAUCUUUGUGUUUAUGUUAAAUAUAGCAAUGUAAAUUUGUUUAGUUUGUGCUUAAUGUUAGCCAAGCAUCACUAGUUGCUGCUUCACACUGGUGUGGGUGACUGACCUUAGCUAGUUGGCACCCAGAUCACUGACACUGUUGUCUUGUGUUCCUGAGCUGCUGCAGGGACUCUUGCCUCAGCUCAAGGUUGUGAGGCUGUACACUGUUUGGUGACUAACUCACUCAUGUCUUGUGUCAAGGAAUGGACGGAAUGGUGAAUAGUGCAUGUUCUCCAGUUUGUAUAAACCAUUCCAGUGACUACUUCCAUCUGUGCUCAUGUAAACUGAGCUCAAGUAUAAAAACUCAUCAUUGUCAAAGAUUGAUGAAGAUUACUUUGAUAAUGGUUAAUUUUUAUGCCUCAGCUCUCAUUGGAAUGGUGGACACCGAUCACCAGACAUGCUCUACACAAGUAAAAGACCGCCACUUAUUGUUGCAGCUCAACAUCCAUAGUUGUAAGAUGAAACUCACUGAAAAUAGCAAAACCUUGUUACCUCUGACCAGCUUGGGGAAAGGCUCCAUGGCAAGAUGUUCAGCGAUCCAUUUGAGACUGCUGUACAGAAACUGUUACCACUCCUACUACAGUAAAGUCUCACAUUUGGCAACUAGCUGGUGCCACAGAUAGCUUGCAAAAGUAAAAUUUGCCAAAGUGGUAGAGGCCAGCCUUUAAAGCCAUAUCACACUCAGAAGAUGACAGAGGGCUACACUGCCAGCAGUGAGAGGCAGCACACAAGUUACCACAAGCUGCAGACUCACUCACAACUGUUUCAUCAGCUGGCUUGAUGUCAUCAACAUAGCAGCUGAGCCGCUGAAAACUGGGAUCGUUAUUUUAAAACAUUGAUAAUCUUUUAGCAACAAAGUACAGCAUUAACAGUUAGCAAGCAUUUCUCAAAUGCAAGACUAGUUGCCAAUUAUGACUUUGGACUUGCCGGGAGAAGGGAGGGGGUCGAGGGAAAUGAUCACCAAAUGGGAAUUAGGGGAGUGAUUGCUGUGUUUGGAGUUGCCAAAAGCGAGACUUUUGAGUUUUUUCUACCUAUCUCUGCUGUACCAAUAUACUCAUGUGUUAUAGUGGUAGAAUUACUCACGAAGGAACAGCCUCAGCAGGAGGCGGCCAGAGGAGAGGUACGAGUGGCUCGCUGUAGGUGGCAGCAGCUCCUCCUUCAUUCUGCAAACGAAGUUGAAGUUAGAUGAAGUUUAAAUUAAAUACAUUACAACUCCAAUAUGCAUGACUCAGUAUAAUGCCACAGGAUAUGUUUGCCAAUUCACACACAGGACUCCAAUUAGUACUCAUGUCAGGGAACAUUACUGAGUCCACCUUGUGUGGAGGACUGACCCACACGCCUCUAUUGGACAGUGUAGUAAGACUUUUCACCUUGCCAGUUCCCCUCUUACUGACACUCUUCCACCUCAAUUAAAUUCCACUGCAACAUUGCUAAAUACUAUCUUCAUAACUACUCUUCUGAACUUGCUAACUGCAUGCCUCACUCCCUUCUGAGUCCUCAACUCUAGCUCACCCCUAAGUUGUUCACAGUCCUACUGCAAGUUAACCAGUAUCUUCAUUAUUUCACCCGCCCUCCAUCUAUAUUUCUUCCUUCCUAAUGGGAACACAAAGACAAUUCUCCAACCUGAUCUGAUGAUUUUCUAAUUCCUCACCUCUUGUGGAAGCAGUGCAGUGCAGGCUUCUGUCUUAUGGUUCUCUUUUGCCUCUCAACUCAUCAUUUUCUGUAAAAAAAAUAUUUAUAUUAAAAGGUUUGUUCUCUUGCAUCUCAAGGAUCUCCAGUUAAUGGCCCGAGGUAACAAGGUUUUAAAUGAAGUGGUCUUGAGAUAAAUUUAUCACAAGACUGCUGCAGUAUUUAUGAGUUCUAUGUAUCCUAUUCUGAAUCACACACAGUUUGCAACACGUUUUAUUGGAGCUUCUCUGCUUAAGAGUGUUUUUGCAUAAACUGAAAUAGUGUGUGUGACAGACAAUUAUUUUUUUAUUUCUUUGCAAUGAUUUCUGAUGCAUUUAUUAACCCUACAGUAGGCAGCCUCGUGGUAAGUAGCAUAGGGUGCUCGUUCUCGGCUUCCAUACGCUGUGUUGUAGCCGGCAGUCUUGUUAGUCUGGGGCACCACAGGAGGGGAAGUGUGGCCCAGCAGAGCAUGACUCACUGAAUGGAAUGCCAAUGUGGUAACCAUCUACAAUAUUCCCUUGCUAUACAUGGGAUUUAGUCCAAAAUUAGAUGAAAUAGUGUAAAUUUCUGUAAUGAAUUCACUCCAUAGUGACAGAGUAACUACAGUUUUAGACCUAGUUUGCUUAGUUUGUGUUCAUGAAAGGGUCAAGAAGAGUAUUACAAUAGUCUUCUGCUCAGUACACAACUCAAUUUUCACUUAUUAAUGCUAGAGUAUGUUUGCUACUGUAAGCACCACUCCAGUUACUUAUCAGCAUAAUUGAGCUGAAAUAUAAAUGUGAACCAGUCAAAUUAUACUGGAAUGUUGAUUUUCUUGUAUAUUUUGACUAGUUCAUUUUUAUCCCCUCGCUCAAUUUUCCAGGGUAGUUUUCAUUACCUGAUGUGAGUGCUAAUUGGAAUGGUGCAUGCAAACUGACAAACAUACCCUAUUUCACUCGGCAGCAGAACAUUAUAACAACCUUGGUCUUGGGUUUAGGCAUUGUGAUAGGUCUUCUUGUCCCCUCCCUCCACACACCUCCACACCCACUGCCACCAUCCAGCCACCUCACUACUGUACACAUUAUCACAGUUCACACAUUUUGGCAUGGUAUCUCACCAAUAAGAUCUGUUUGCCAUCUUAGUGUGGCUCUUCCUUCCCUCAUGCUGCCACUUUCUGAAGUGUCACUCAUUGGCAGCUGCUGUAAGUUUCCUUGUCCUGUCAGAAGCAGCAAAGGAAUAGUUAUGUAAAAGUAAGCUGCAGAUAUGGAUGAAUGGAGGUUGCUGAUUGCUUUUACACCUCAAGAUAAUUGGGACUGAUUAAUGUGUAUUUUUUCAGAGUAAAUAAAAAGUAGUUUCAAACAUAAUAAAAUUGCGAAGCUCUUGUCCAUAUAUUUGUGUGCCAUACUAACAUAAAUUAAACUUUUGGAAAUAAAUGUACAAAAUUA